GAAAAGAUUUAUGUGUUUUUAUGGUUUUGGUUUGUGUUUGUUGCUUCUCUGGAGGUUGCGAGUAUUGGAGUUUGGAUUUGUCGUUUGGCCGCACGGCAAUCGAGAUUGAGAAGUUUGAUUCGAUAUUUAAAAGUUGCAGAUGUUUAUGAAGAAUCAAUGGAUCCAUUACUUGCUCGAUUCGAAUUGACAUUUCUUCGAAUGGAUGGCAGUUUCCUUUUACAAAUGAUGCGUUUAAAUGCUGGAAGUCUUAUCACACAAGAAAUCUUACAAGCAAUGUUGAAGCGUUACACAGAACAAGAACAAUAUGCUCAGAAAAAACGCGUUGAACGACAACCUUCGGGACCAAAAUCUGUAGAAAUGGAAAAAGAUGGUCUACUUCCUGACUCGCCCGAUUGUACUGUAACAAAGCGUUUAGAUGUUGUUUAGUUCAGUAAAUAAAUUUCCAGUAUGAAGAUUGAAUGCAUUGCAAAAAUUCAUCCCUACCUUUUGUAUUACUUCUUUCUUUUCAUUUUUCAUUUACAGUCUCAUCGAUCUGAUUAAUAUAAUGGUUUUUCUGGUAAUCUGCAUUCAGUUUAAUUUACGAAGCUCAGGGUCAUUUCUAACUAUUUUC